CCCGCCAGGAGGAGGGCCGCCUCGGGCAGGGUUGGCCCGCCACUACCCAAGGUGCUCGACCGCCACGGGGCGGCGGAGACGGGCAAGGUCGCGAGCGCCCCGGCGUGCCUCGAGGGGGACGCGGCCGAGCCCGUGUCCCCUGGCAGACGCAAGGGCCAGUCGGUCGACCAUCCGCUCAUGGAGGUUCUUCUUCUGCGUGAUGGCCACCGCCCACAGGUCACCCUGCCGCUGCCCUCCGCGACGGCCCACCUGAUCCAGGCCCUGCGCACCGUCUCGAGCCCCUCCGUGAAGGUGCCCGGGGAGGCGCCGCCGUGCGCCGCCGGCCAGGAGGCGGGGCGCCGCGGCGGCCCCAGGAGCGGCGGCGCCAGCGGCAUUCAGAGCGAGAUGCUCAAGCGCAGCGGCCGCCGCGCCAACACAACCGACGGCGCCCUGCAGGUCGCCGGUGCCGGGCUGGACCAGGCCAUCCGCAGCAGCUCCUCCCGCAACCUCGGGCGGGGCGCCGAGGGCGGCGCGGCGAGCGCGGACGUCGGCCUGGGGCUGCGCGGGCACCUGGCAAGCAAGCAGAGGCAGCUCGUUGAGGAGCUCGCCUCGCACCCGCGGGAGUCGGUCGCCGCCGGCGACGGGCGCGCGGGCUGGGGCCGGGCGGCCACCGCCCCAGAGGAACCCUCGUGGCGAAGAGGCGAUGAGGACGACUAUGACUUCGUCGUCGACUCCUUCGGGGUAUCCGGGGCGUGGAAGCAGCCACCCACGCCGGCGGGAAUGUCGCCCUCGUGCCAGCAGCUUCGCCAGGCCGCCUCCCCAACGCAGAUCCUCAUGCGGGAGGCGGGCUCCCCGACGCACGGCUUCGCGCCCUCUCCGAGGGGCGCCUUCCACCCCGCCGCGGGCCGCGAGCGCUCCGUGCCGGCGUUCGCGCGGCGCGGCGACGCGUACGAGGACUUGCCCGCCUCCUCCAUGAAGCGGUCCAGCUCCCAGACCGACCUCGCCGACGUUGCUCUCCUGUCCAGGGCGCUGUCGGGGGCCAGCUCGGCCGUGUCGUCGCCCGCGAGGUCGCCGACCAGGACCAGGAAGAGCUGGCCGACUGUGCAGGAGGUCGUGAAGGAACCGCCUAUGGGCCACAAGCUGUCCUGGGACCGCGGU